AUGGCAUCAUUUAAAAACAUUCCACCAAACUUUACCAUUUCACCAGAUGGAAGUCAUUUAAUCUUAUCAAUUCCCAUUGAAAAAUCCUAUGUUGAUGAUAGAUCAUAUAGACUUAUUAGAUUAAGUAAUGAAUUAGAAAUAUUGCUUAUUCAUGAUGCUGAAACUGAUAAAUCAAGUGCUGCUUUAGAUAUUCAUGUUGGUCAUUUAUGCGAUCCGGAUAAUUUACAAGGACUUGCUCACUUUUGUGAACAUUUAUUAUUUAUGGGAACGGAAAAGUACCCAAAAGAAAAUGAAUAUCGUGAAUAUGUAUUAAAUCACGGUGGUUAUGCAAAUGCUUAUACAAGUUCUGACAACACUAAUUAUUAUUUUGAAGUUGGAACUGAAUUUUUGGAAGGCGCAUUAGAUCGUUUUUCUCAAUUCUUCAUAAAACCGCUAUUUGAUCCAAGCUGUACUGACCGAGAAAUAUGUGCGGUUGAUUCCGAGAAUAAAAAGAAUUUACAAUCGGAUCAUAGAAGGAUUCAUCAAUUAGAAAGAUCGUUAUCAGAUCCAAAACAUCCUUAUUCAAAAUUUGGUACAGGAAAUUUAAAAACACUCAAAGAAGAUCCGAUUAAGCAAGGAUUAAAUAUCAGAGACGAGCUAUUAAAAUUUCAUGAUCAAUAUUAUUCUGCUAAUAUCAUGAAAUUAGUUGUGCUUGGUAGAGAAUCGUUAGAUCAACUUUCUCAAUGGGUUGUUAAAAAAUUUUCCGCUAUUAUAAAUAAAAGCAUACCGGUACCUACUUUUGAAGGUCAUCCUUUUACCGAAAGUGGACUGUCGAAACAAGUGUUUAUCAAAUCUGUGAAAGAUAUACGGAUGCUGAAAUUAUUAUUUCCUUUUCCAGAUCUAAAACAGCUGUUUCGUGUUAAUCCUGUGAAAUAUUUAUCGUAUUUGAUUGGGCAUGAAGGAGUUGGGUCAAUUUUAUCUUUAUUAAAAAGGAAAGGUUUGGCAAACAAUUUAAUUUCUGGAUUAAAUUAUGAAGGAGUCGGGUUUGCGAUUUUCGAAAUCUCGAUAGAACUUACUAAGUUUGGAUUAGAUAAUUAUGAAGAUGUGGUCGUGCACAUAUUUCAAUAUAUCGAAAUGUUGAGAAAAAUUAAAGAACUUGAGGAUAUAUCAUUUAGAUUUGAAGAAAAAUCAUCACCAUCAAGAUAUUCAUCAACUUUAUCCAAUAUGAUGCAAAAUCCAUAUCCAAGAGAAUGGAUUUUGAGCGGACCUUAUCUGAUAAGAGAAUAUAAUCCACUUUUAAUUAGUGAAUUACUUGAUUUACUUCGUCCGGAUAAUUUUUUUUUAGAAUUAAUUAGUCAAUCUUUUACUGGAUUGGAUCAGAAAGAGAAAUGGUAUGGUACUGAAUAUAAAGUUGAACCUUUAGGUGAUAAACUAACUCAGGCUUUGAUUAAUGUUUCAUUACAUCCUGAUUUGAAAAUGCCUUUAAUUAAUGAAUUUAUUCCGACAAAUUUUGAAACUCACAAGACUGAAUUUGCAACGCCUGCAAAUAAGCCAAACCUAAUUAAGAAUACACCACUUUGUCGACUUUGGCAUAAAAAAGAUGAUACAUUUUGGAUUCCAAAGGCAAGCGUAAAUAUUAAAUUAAAAAGCCCACUUGUUUACAUUACGCCAUCGCAUUGUGUUAAAGCUAAACUAUUUACAGACUUAGUUUGCGAUACUCUUACUGAAGAUUCGUAUAGCGCUGAAGUGGCAGGUGUAACCUAUUAUUUUAAUAGCGAUUCAGAAGGAUUGUUAUUAGUAAUUGAUGGUUUUAAUGAUAAAUUACAAGUUUUACUAGAAAAAAUUGUGAUUAAAAUAAAAAAUUUUCAAGCCGACCCCGAAAGAUUUUUAUUAAUGAAAGAACGACGUCAAAGGAGUUAUAAAAACUCUCUAUUAAUUGAACCAUAUCAACAGUCGAUGUAUUAUAUGAAAUAUUUAACGCAAGAUAAAGCGUGGACAAAUGAGGAAAAAUUAGAAGCAUUACAGGAUAUUAAAUACGAAGAUAUAAAGACAUUUUAUUCUGAAUUGUUGAAUAAAUUGUAUAUUGAAUCAUUAAUUCAUGGUAAUAUAUUUAAAGAUGAUGCCAUUAAAAUCAUCGAAAGAGUUGAAGAGAUUCUUCAACCCAAAGCUCUUAUACCAUCACAACUAAUUGGUCAUAGAAAUGUUAUUAUUCCACAAGGGAAAAGAUUUAUUUAUCAAAGGAGUGUUAUUAAUUUAGAGGAAUAUAAUUCUGCUAUUUAUUAUUAUAUUCAAAUAGGUGAUUUAAUGGAUAAAGAAUUAAGAGCCAAAUCAAGUAUAUUAGCACAAAUCGCUAAUGAACCUUGUUUUGAUCAAUUAAGAACAAAGGAACAACUAGGAUAUAUAGUUGAAAGUAGUUUAAGAGAACAAAUAAGCUCUGUAGGAUUUAGAAUUCUUAUACAAAGUGAGAAAGAUACGAUUCAUUUGGAAAAUAGAAUUGAAGCUUUCUUGGGUAAAUUAUUGAACAUAAUCGAAGAGAUUUCCGAACAAGAAUAUCAAAAACAAGUCCAUUCAUUGAUUAUAGAUACAAUAGAGAAACCAAAAAAUUUAUUUGAAGAAACUGGUAGAUAUUGGGAUCAUAUUAUUUCCGGAUAUUAUAAUUUCGAGCAAAUUGAGACGGAUGUAGAAGAAUUACGUAAAAUUACAAAACAAGAGCUUUUAGAAUUUUACAAAAAAUUUAUUAUUCCAACUUCACCGUUUUACAAAAAACUUUCAGUGCAUAUAAGAACUUCACAGUCAGAUGGAUUCGUCAAAAGAUCGGUUGAUAUUAAUCAUCUAAACACAUAUUUACUUUCACAAGGCCUUACUACAAUAACUAUAAACGUUUUACAAAAAUUUUUCGGCACUCAAACAAAAUUAGAAUUAGAUAAAUGUGGAUUGGAAAAUUUGUCAGCAUUUUUAACCGAUCAAACCAAAGUUGAUAAAAAUGAAAUUGAAGGUUUAAUUAAUAAUAUGUAUUUAAAUGGUGUUAUCAGUACUUUAGAAAAGGUUAACGAAAGAAAAGAUGAGAAACAAAAUGGGGAAGGGGAAUUGGAAUUGGAAUUAAAGGAUGAAAAUGUAAUUAUUGAUGAUAUAGUAUUAUGGAAAAGUAAUGUUGAAUUGGGUCCUACCGCUACUCCAGUUAUACCACUUCAUAAUUCGAUUAGCAAAUUAUGA